GUUGUGCAGCAGGAGCUGGUGUAAAACAUUAUUUUCACCAACAGUCAUUUCGUUCACAGCUCAAAGGAAAUGACUUGUUUCAGGAAAUUGAGCAAGUCGUCGUUUGCAAAUGAAAUUGCAUCAUCACGUCAGCAGAUCACAGUACGGUCACAGUCAUGGACGUGGACGCGGCCUUUCUCAAAUCCAGGAGGGGAAUCCUGAAAGCAGCAGAGAUGGGGACUCUGCUUGCAGCUUUUGUGUGUUUCACUGUCGCAUCCAGACCAAAGUACAUCACAGCCACAGUGCUGGAGUUUCUAAUCACUUCCCUGCUGCUGUCGUUGUACCUGUUCAAGCUCAACAAGAGGCUGACCUUCUUCUUCUGGCCUUUAGUUGACUUUUUCAAUUCAGUCUUUGCAGUCAUCUACUUUGUUGUCUUGAGCGUGUUGGCUUUGAUCACACACACCGUCACAGGCACACUGGUUGGAGGGUUAUUCGCUCUCAUGUCAGCUGCUCUGCUCGGUGCGGACGGUUACAUUCUCUUCAGCAACAUCACAUUCAACAAGCCAAGAGGUCAAACCCAGAGUCCAAACAAUGAAUGAGAUCACAUCAAAUCAAUACAGAAGAUACUUUAUCAGUGAAUCAAAUUUAUAAAACAUGUAACACCAACACCCACUGCUACUUAGUUGUGAAAAUGUGUGUUGAAUGUACUGUGAUGCUGUUCUGCAGGCUACAAUCAUACGUUUUAAAGGUUUACUUACUGUAGUUUGCAGCAUAUUUAAGAUUCUUGCAACAAUCAUUAAGUGAUUUUACAUAUUAAACAAACAUAAAGCUGUGACUAACUUCAGCCAUAUUUUGCAGAUGCUUUUAAUUGACGCAAA